AUGAGUGACGGCGACGCUUCUGAAGCCACCGGCGGUGCUGUCGGUCCUCCUUCCGAUGCUCCAAUUCCAAGAUACGAUGCUGCCCCUCCAGCAAGACUCAAGAGGCAUCCUCAAUGCUCCCUCUGCGUCGCUGCCAUGUUCGCUUAUGCAGAAAUAGCUCAGCUACCAAAGAAACCAACAAACAGUCACAUCCAUCACCUCGCCGUCGAAGAUACCGAUAAAAUGUGGCACCACAUCGGCAAUAAACCUGGGCCGAUUACCCUGACGGUCAGUUUCCUCAACGGUAAAGAGGAGACAAAGAAGAAAGUCAUGAAUUACGCAAUGGAAUGGAGCAAAAUUUCAAAGACUGCCGGCGCAGGCCGCGGUGCAAACAUCGAGUUCGUCAAGGUCAAGGACAACGAUGCCUUUGCCCACAUCCGCGUCCGCUUCAAGUCAAACGGCAAAUGGUGGUCCUAUCUCGGUACAGACUGUCUUGCCACCUCCGGAAUCUGGAACCGUCGCACCCAAGAAGACAAAGACGACAACCCAGAAUGCGCCUCCAUGAACCUCGACAUCGAGAACGAAACAAACGAAGACGCUGUCCGUCGCCACGUCAUCCACGAGUUCGGUCACGCCCUCGGAUUCAUGCACGAGCAGCUCCGAUCAGACUUCCCCUUCAAGAUAAAUAUCGAGGAAGUAAAGAAGAGCGAGGCAUACAAGAAUUGGAGCAUAGAAGAUAUUCAGCGAAACGUUCUUGGCACCGUCACCGGAGAUAAAGUCAAGCUCUUCGGAGACAAGACUGAUCUCGACUCAAUCAUGAUCUACGCCUUUGAUCGAGGCGAACUUGAAGACAACAAGACCGUCAACUGGAAUACCCGUUUAUCCGAGAAUGAUUUGAAGUUUGCCCGUGAGGCCUAUCCAUAG